GUCCGAUAGACAGCAAACUGCUCGUGCUAUAGCUAGUCGCAAAAAUGAACGCGCCUCCAGCCUUUGAGUCGUUUUUGUUGUUCGAGGGAGAGAAAAAAAUCACAAUUAUAAAGGACACCAAGGUACCCAAUGCCUGUUUAUUUACGUUGAACAAGGAGGACCACACUCUGGGCAACAUCAUUAGAUCACAACUGCUUAAAGACCCGCAGGUGCUCUUUGCUGGCUACAAGGUUCCUCAUCCGCUGGAACAUAAAGUUGUCAUUCGCGUCCAGACGACACCAGACUACAGUCCUCAGGAGGCUUUCACCAAUGCCAUCACUGAUCUCAUCAGUGAGCUCUCCUUAUUGGAGGAAAGAUUUAGGGUUGCAAUCAAGGACAAGCAGGAAGGAAUUGAGUGAUGAAGUCAAAACUGUUGGCAGCCACUGGCACUCACAGAAUCUCAUAAUGGACUCAGUAAAUUUCACCUCUUUAAUAGGACUCCUCUAUGUGAUAUGUGAACAAUAUUGUUCCUCACUGAAGUGGUAUUGUCAUCAUUCAAAACAUCCCUGACCAACUGAACAGCGUCACUGUACUCAAACUUAAAGGACAGUAACUGAAUAAGGUUUUCCUUUCUUCAUCCUCUUAAGACAUGAACAUACUGUACAUGGUGCAUAUUUGAUACUAUGUGAAAUCGGGAUUUUACUUCCAAACACAGUGUUCGGGACAUAUUUUGACCUAGCCCAAAUCUGAAAAAGCGCAAUGAUUUUUUUUUAUGGAUUAUUAUUUCACUGAAAUGUGAUGGAUAUAUUGCGUUAUUGUUGUAAAUG